GCCGUAUUACAGAAACUUCCUAUCUUAAGUCCUAAGUUAAGAUAGGAGAAGUGGAGAUAGGAUUUUUCUCAAUUUGGUAUUACAGAAACAUAUCCUAUCUUAAUUUAGGAAUCCUAUCUUAUCUCAGGUUAAGAUAUCCUAAGUAGGCGAUCUAGCAUCGACAUUCAGCUUUUAUGUCUGUUACCUAGCAACUGAUGAAACUUGUUGUCGGAUCACGUCACUUCACAGCUGACAACUGUAAUGAUCCUAAAAUAUCCAAAGACAACUGCUAGCUAUGGAUGGGAUUGGGAAAAUACAACGUUGGGCCGAAAAUUUUAAAGCGGACGAAAUAGAAAAGUUGGUGAGUUUAGUAGAAAGCUCAAAGGAAAUAUUGUAUGGGAAAUUUUCUAUGAGUCUGACCAAAGAAAAGAAAGACCAAGAAUGGCUGAAAAUAGCCGAAAAGGUGAGCACCGUAUCAGGGAUCAGUAGAAACGUUGAAAACGUCAAGAAAAAAAUUACCACACUCACAAGUGACGUUAAGAAAAAAGCAACGUUAAUUUGUAAAGACCGGAGAAUUACCGGUGGUGGCAACUCUUCCGCUACCCCCCUGACACCGGCGGAGGACCGGAUUGUGGGACUCCUCAGCAAGGCUGACUACGAGGGCAUCGAUGGAGGCUUUGAGACUGGGUUGCCAGUGGACUUCUUGGAGACCACAACUUCAGUCAGUGAAGUUGUUGAAGUCGAUGCUACACAACCGCCUCCUGAAAAGAAAACACGUCCGCUGAAGUCAUCACCAGAAACCCUUGCUCUGCUAGAAAUUGAGAGGGAGAAGCUUCAAUUAUACAGAGAAAGAGUCGCCAUUGAAAGAGAGCGACUCCUCCUUGAGAGGGAAAAAUUUGAAUGGGAGAAGAGUAGGGCCAGAGUGUGCAAAAAAUGUUUAACUGAAAUAUAAAUGAAUGAAUUGUAAUCUUGACCAUUGUGUUGCUUCUAUUUUUAAUUUAGGUUUAAAAAAAUCUAAUAUAAGUCGAUUUCUUGUGUUCAUUCCAUUGAAAUGGACAUCCUGUGCCUCUUCGGGGUGCUCCAUAUCCUGAUCUGGUAUGUCUGGAUCUGGGAGGUUUGCCAGUCUGCAGAUGUUGUGUCGCACAGCUGUCGCUUUGAUAAACAGAACGACCUUCUCUGGAGUAUAUUGGAGAUAUCCACCACUCAUGUCAUGGCACCUCCAUCUAACAUGAGGAAAAUAUGCAGUUUUAGAAAGAUCUUGCAAUAUGUCUUUAGUAGACCUAAGUAGGCCUUGAGCUAGAGGGCCUUACAAUGCACUCACACCUUCCAAAUGAAACACACCAUGCACAGGCCUUUGACUACUUUAUGAAUAUACCUGCUCUUCCAGACUCCGAACAGACGUUCCACUCUUGCCCUGCAUUUUUUGUGUGCUUGGUUGUAUCUGAUAAUACAAAGCAAAUAUCAUAAACUGAGUGUCCUAACAACACAAAUGUAAGAAUACUUAUAUAUAAGCUAUGCUUUUUUAUUUAGCAUGCCGCAUGUCUUGUGGUGUGCGCUCAUUGGCUACUGGCGUCAAAAGAAAGGGUUUUAAUGGGUAGCCAGAAUCCCCAAGCAGCCAUCCACUCAAACCACUUUCCCCCAGAUACGUAUUGAUGUCACUGCAGAUAGACUAGUUGUUACAACAAGUAAAACCACAUUUCUAACAAUAUAGGCCUAGGGAAAUAGUCUUAAUCAUAUACGCCACCUUGUGUUGAAGACGAAGGCGUCAUGACUUGACCCAGGCCACUUCGCUACUAAAUGUCGGAUGAGCAUGUUAUGGUCUCCUAUUGCCUGAAUAUUGAUCGCAUGGUAUCCUUUACGGCAAACAUAGGUAGCUUCAUCCUCUUUGGGCGCUUUAAUUGGAAAUAAGGAUCCGUCCACCAGUCCUAUUACACCCGGCAUCCUUGCGUGUUCAUAGAAGGCUUCCUUGAUGAUGUUGAGUUCAUCACCCGUUGGAAACUUAAUGUAACGUCGGGCUAAUCCGCCAAUGGCUUUUGCCACCUCAGUUAAAUUACGCGACACUGCAGGUUGUGAAAGUUUACCUAUAUCGGCUACUUCGCUCUGAAAGUCACCUUUUGCAAAAAGUCUCAGC